UUCCACCAAACAGAGUGAUGGCGGCCGUUGUGUCUGUUAGCACAGCUGCCAGAGAUGAGAGCACAGACACAGGUCUCAGUUUCGCCCCUCGUCCGCUUCACGAUAACUAUGACCUCCCUGUGGAUGCGGGUCACGAAAGCUGGAUGUCCGGAGGAGACCACCGGUAUCAUGAACCCGGCGGAGAGGACUCACCGUCGGACCGCGACUGUCAGCGGAGGGUCGACGAGGACCUGACAUCACUGAGCCCCGAAGAGAUAGAGAGCCGCUUAGAGAGAACUCGCCGGGAGUUUUACAACCGUAGAAAAAUAAUAAUAAAGAAUCUACCCUCCGACGUUAGCAAUCAGGAGGUCCAUGAGCUGUUGGGCAACUAUGACUUGAAGUACUGCUUUGUGGAUAAAUACAAGGGCACAGCAUUUGUGACACUUCUCAAUGGGGAACAGGCGCAGUGUGCUAUCAAAGACUUCCACCAGCAUGUGCUACGGGACCGGGAGAUCUCUGUGCAGCUGCAGCCAACAGACGCUCUGCUGUGCAUCGCCAACCUGCCCCGCGCCUUCACCCAGCAGCAGUUUGAGGAGUUGGUGCGGCCCUUUGGUAACCUGGAGCGCUGCUUCCUGGUGUACAGCGCCUCCACGGGGCACUCCAAGGGCUACGGCUUUGUGGAGUACAUGAAGAAGGACUCUGCUGCCAGGGCCAAGUCGGAGCUGUUGGGAAAGCAGCUGGGCUCCCGCAUGCUGUACGUCCACUGGACUGAAGUGGGCUCCCUCACAUAUCCACUGCUGAACUCCAAGUGUCUGUGUGUGGACCGCCUGCCCUCCAGCCUGCUGACAGCCCAAGACCUCCGCAAUGCCCUGGCUGACACCCAUGCGCCAGUCUUCUGCCAGUUGGCUCAGGGACAAGAUGGAAGUUUUCGUCGGUUUGCGGUCUUAGAGUUUCCCUCAUCUGAGAUGUCAGAGGAGGCGCAGCGUCUGGCUGACGGCAGGCUGCUCGGCGGGACAAACAUCAGGGUGUCCUUCUGUGCCCCUGGGCCUCCUGGAAGAAGCAUGUUGGCUGCUCUGAUCGCUGCCCAAACCAUGGCUGUGAAUAGGGGUAAAGGUCUCCUCCCUGAUCCCACAGCCAUGCAGAUACUAACAGGCCUGAAUAACCCCGCCACCCUCAAGAUGCUGCUCAACCCGCUGUCACAGGGGCCCAAACAAGGCCUCCUCGGGGCAGCUCCCACAAUGCCCCUGCUGGCCAACCCCGCCCUCUCCGCCGCCCUGCUCCAGCUGCUCCUUCAGAACCAGGCCAAGGCGCAGCAGCAGGCAGGACUCAUCGGGGAGAAUCCUCUGGCCGCUCUGCCUGUCCAGCAGGGAGUCCAUCUGCUCGGAGACCUGCCCCAAGGUCUUGGUCUUCAAACGGAUCCUAUGGGCCCCCUGAAGUCAAUGCAACAUGGCAGAUCCCUGGCAAGGGAGCAGGAGUCCCCCACAGCAACGUGCACCUUCCCCCAGACUUCCUCUCCCACCCUGCAGGGCAUCUCCAUGCCCCUGAUGGGUGGCAUGAUGGGAGCAGAUGGCCUCACAGCACAAGGGGUAUCUAUACUGGGAGACCCUCCAAAAGAUGUGAACCAUCCCCAGAGUGCCUUCCUCGGUGUCAAUGGUUUUCCCUCAGUAGAAAGCUGCAGACCUCACCCCUAUAGGAAAAGACCCACUCUAAGUAAUGUGUCCAACCAUCACACACAUCAGAGCUUACAGCCAAAUUACAACCUGCGCUACCAGGACUCCUACAGCCCAGAGUACCCUCCUCUCCACCAGGAUCCUCUGGCCCACCUGUAUGAACAGCAGGAGAACCUUGAUACUGGAGCUUUGGCUGGAUUUGGUCAGCAGCUUCCCCGUCACCCUGACUACAGUGAGCGGUUCCCCCCCUACAGUUACCCUCCCAGUGAACCCAUGUCCCCCUACUACAGCUCGGGGCCGGAGGACGGAAACCUUCCAACCCCCCAUCUCAACAGGGCUGUGGGAAUGCCUCCUGCGAGCCACGCCACAGACUUCCCUCCAGGCCUGAGCAAUGCUGCCAAGACUCCUAUUGGUGGCCACAAGCGUGUGUUCUCCCGGCUGAUCCCAUCUCCGGAGCCGAGCCCUGAGGGGGGCUACGUGGGCCAGCACUCUCAGGGCCUUGGGGGCCACUAUGCAGACUCCUACCUGAAGCGAAAGCGUAUAUUUUAGGUACAGCUGAAUGCUUCUUGCUGUAGGAGUAGCCAAUCAGCAGCCAGGACACAAUGGCAUCUCCUCCGCUCUCCUUUGGUGAACUUUAUAGCGUGGUGGUCCUUGGAUUUGUCUCUGUACUCCUGAGGGACCCCUGGAGGGUCGGGGAGUGCAGCCUGUUGCUAUCUGGACAGUUGUGUCACUUCAUUGGAAUUCUUGGUGGUUGUAUUUUUUUCUGUUGUGUAUAUAUGAUUUUAGUGUGUUGGUAAAUUUUAAGUUUUUACUUUUUUUCCUUAUUUUCUUUAUUUGACUUUUAAUUUCCUGUUGAAAAACGUGUACAGUGAGAAAAAAAAAAAUGGUUAACCAGCAAAUGGAAGUAUUUUUUCUUGAUCAUUUUUAUUCCUGUGAGUGUGCCGUAUCAGCAGGGCUACAGAUAGUUUGGCCAGUUUUCAAUGGCGGCCAGAGGCUGGUUUUCAUAAUGUAAAGUGAGGCUGUCCACAAUUUCCGUAAAGGGACUUCGUAGUAUUUAAAAACAAGCUUUAAUUCAAAAGUUUAUUUUUUUUAAUUUUUUUUUUUUAAACAGCCUUCCUAAUUCCAUGUAAAAAGUUCAGUAGUUUGUUUAUAGAGAUGGUGUUUUUCCUUUUUUCUCCUUUCACAGGGUUGUAUAUUUUGCUUUAUAACUCUUUCUGGAUCCAGGCCUUAUUUCAUUGGUUAACAUGCAGCUCUCCAUCCACCAAUGACAGCUGUAUGUACCAGCCUGUGUAUAAUGACACUGAAGCUUUUUACCCUUCUGGCAUAUUUUCUCAAGCCUAAUCUUUUCCACGUUGUUUGUCCUUUGAUUCACACCCUCCAACUUGUUUGCGGAGUCUGUUCUCUACACUGGUUGAGUGAUGCACUUGGAGGUCACGAUCCUAUCUGUUCUCACCGCUAUAAGAUGCCAUUCUUAAGUCUUCUCUCACCCGUAUGUCCAGGAGUUAAAUGUUUUCUGUGUUUGUAUGAGUUCUGGUUUAUAAAGUCUAAACGUCACACCUCUGGUUGAGUUGAUGGGCCGGUGGACAUGUGCCAUCCCUUUGAGUCUUAAGAUGUACUAAUGGAAGCUGGUGGCAGGUGAUUGGUCAGUGACAUGGCUGUCUGUGUUUUUCUUUUUUCUCUCUUUUUUUUUAAUCUAUCUGGUUGACAGUUUGAUUGUGAAAACCCCAUUACCUCUGACUUCUGCUAGGAAAUGCAGCUACACUUGAGCCUUAACAGUGUUUUCUGUGACAUCAUCCUGCCCUGUGUUGGCUUACAUCUUACCAUUUCUGUGUUUUUUGCUGUGUAAAUAGUAAAGCUUGAUACUUUUCCAGAGUCCAAAACUUUUGUUUUUCUUAAAUCAUACCUGCCUCUGGUCUGGUGUUUUGAAUGAAUUUGCUGCUCCACGUGUUUUUGUUGUUUGGCUGUAUGUGGGACAGCUGAGUGGCGCCACAGCAGGCCGCCCAUGUUGUGUAUGGACCAAGAGAUGCAGCCGUACUGUGUGAUCAUUUAGUUUGAUUCUACCAUCUUCUCAUCUGUACCGCCAUUGUUGUCUCUGUAUGUGUGUGAUGAGAGCAAGUAAAUGUUAUUUAAACUUA